AUGGGUGGCAGUGAACGGACGGGUCGCACAAGCGACCAGGAGAGGGAAGUCUACGGACUGAAGGCGUACCCCGCGCCACGUGUACCGCUGCGGCGGUCGCACAUUCCAAGUCCUGGGAGUCGCACAAACGACCAAUACGGGGCCCACCAUCGAUGA